CGGAACUUCCGCUGCUCGCAAGUUCCAGGGAGCGUCGGGAGCCAACCUGCUUCAGAUUUUGGCGGCUGAUGGUAUUUCCCGAGUCAAAGUGGAACAGGCGACCCAAGAAGAGUGCCCCGGCAGCGACGCGCGGGAGAAGACCUAAAACUUUUUCAAAGAAGAAUGGAGGAAAAUAUGAUGCUUGCUACUGUGGAAGACACUGUGGAGUACCACCUAUUCCUGAUACCAGAUGAAUCAAAGGACCCAGAAAAACGCAGAGAGAUUCUUGAGAAGUAUAUUGAGAGAAUAAUGACCCAGUUUGCACCUAUGCUGGCUCCCUAUAUCUGGCAGAAUCAACCUUUUAAUCUCAAAUAUAAACCUGGCAAAGGAGGUGUUCCUGCUCAUAUGUAUGGUAUGACAAAGUUUGGGGACAAUAUUGAAGAUGAAUGGUUUAUUGUUUAUUUAAUAAAACAGAUUACAAAGGAAUUUCCAGAGUUAGUAGCCAGGAUUGAAGAUAAUGAUGGUGAAUUCUUGUUAAUAGAAGCUGCUGACUUUCUCCCUAAAUGGUUAGAUCCUGAUAAUAGUGCUAAUAGGGUGUUUUUCCAUCACGGGGAGUUGUGCAUUAUUCCUGUACCAAGGAAAUCUGAAACAGUAUCCUGGUUACCUGCUACUCCACCAACAAUCCCACAAGCAUUAACUAUAAUCUCUGCACACCCAGAAAAAGUUUUGGUUUCAGAAUCCAUACGAGCUGCUGUCAGUAGGCGCAUCAGAGGGUACCCAGAAAAAAUUCAGGCCUCGCUGCACCGAGCACACUGCUUCCUUCCAGCUGGCGUCGCAGUGGUACUAAAGCAGCGGCCCAGAUUGGUGGCUGCUGCCGUCCAGGCUUUUUACCUGCGGGACCCUGUUGACCUGCGAGCCUGUCGGGUCUUCAAGACGUUCUUGCCAGAAACACAAAUAAUGACAUCAGUUACUUUCACUAAAUGUCUCUACGCACAGUUGGCACAACAGAGGUUUGUGCCCGACCGGCGGAGUGGAUACGGGCUGCCACCUCCCUCUCACCCCCAGUACCGAGCCCAUGAACUGGGCAUGAAGCUGGCUCAUGGAUUUGAGAUCUUAUGCUCCAAAUGUAGCCCACAUUUUUUGAACACCAAGAAGUCCCUUGUGACUACUUCACCACUCUGGGCUAGCUUCCUUGAAAGUCUGAAAAAGAAUGAUUACUUUAAGGGACUCAUAGAAGGUUCUGCUCAAUACCAGGAAAGGCUAGAAAUGGCAAAGAACUACUUCCAACUCUCAGUAAACCGGCCAGAAAGUUCACUUGCUAUGAGCCCUGGUGAAGAAAUCUUGACCAUAUUACAGACAGUACCAUUUGAUACAGAAGAGCUUAAGAAAGAAGAAGCUGACCUUCCCCCAGAGGACGAUGACCAGUGGUUAGAGCUUUCACCAGAUCAGCUGGAUCAGCUACUGCAAGAAGCUGCUGGCACAAAAGAAUCACAGCCCAUUUCCAAGAAGGAAGAGGAGCAGAGCUAUGACUUAACUCAAGUCACAGACAGCAUGAAAGCUUUCAUAUCCAAAGUCUCAACCCACAAGGGAGCAGAGCUGCCUCGAGACCCUUGUGAGGCUCCAAUCACUUUUGAUACAGAUUCCUUCCUUAAUUAUUUUGAUAAAAUUUUAGGGCCAAAGACACAGGAUUCAGACUCUGAUGAUCUGGAUGAGGAAGACUUUGAAUAUUUAGACAGUGAUGAUGACAUGGACCUUGAGACUCAGGAACCUGGCGAAGAAGCUUCUCUGAAAGGAACUCUUGAUAGUCUCAAGUCAUACAUGGCCCAGAUGGACCAGGAACUGGCACACACCAGCAUUGGCAAAAGUUUUAUGACUAGGAAGCAAGUGAAUAAGGAGCCUUCAUCACAGACUAACAGUAACAAUUCAGAUGAGGAAGAUUCUGGGGCCAGAGAUUCUGUUAUGGCCCCAGUGGAUGUCGACCUGAACCUAGUUUCAAAUAUAUUGGAAUCCUACAGCUCCCAAGCUGGCCUGGCGGGGCCCGCCUCAAACCUCUUACAGAGCAUGGGCGUGCAGCUGCCUGACAACAGCGAUCACAGAGCCGCAAGCAAGCCGGUGAAAGGUUAGCCCACACAUCUAGCUUUGCUUUCCUCUUUAAAUAAACAGUGAGUCCAAAUGA